AUGAUCCUCUGUCUGAUAGCUGAGAGGGCAAUCAACCUUUUGAUUCCUAUUCAACUAGGGCUGAUAACCGAUAUCCUCAGCAAGACUCAAGGUGGCCGCUUACCCUGGGAACAAAUAUUAAUAUUUGCUGCACUCCGUCUUCUUGACUCCAGCGGAGGGUUACCUGCACUGAGAAGGUUUAUGUGUAUGCCAGUUGACGAUUUCUCGUACUUGAAACUGAGUACAACAGCUUUCAAUCAUGUCAUGUCAUUAUCUUGUGACUUCCAUGACAACAAACACUCCGGGCGGCUAUGGACCGCAGUUAUUCGAGGGCAGUCUGUUAAAGAUGUCAUACACAGCAUUCUCUUCCUCGUCGCCCCAAUGAUCAUAGAUCUCGUGUUAGCCGUUGGUGUGCUUUACUACGUCUUUGAUGGCUAUAUGGCACUUGAUGUUGCGACAGUGAUGGUUCUCUUCCUAUGGUCGUCCAGCAAACUCGUUGCGAAACAGAAGGAUAAGCGGAGAGAGUGGAACGAGGCUCGGGGAGCAGAGUUUACUGCUCUAUGUGAAUCUACGGAGAACUGGCGCACUGUUUCCUAUUUUAGUCGAGUUCCCUAUGAGAUAUCCCGAUACUUGUCGCUGGUACAGGCCCAGCUGAAAGCCAGGUUCAAGUUUCGAUUUUGGGACCAUAUGGAGAAUGCAUCCCAAUCAGCCCUGCUGAUAUGUGGGCUUACCGCUGCUUGUUUCAUGGCAGCACAUCAUGUUUCCACGGGUGAGAAACCGAUUGGAAAUUUUGUUAUGCUGUUGAGUUACUGGGCCCAGCUAUCUAGCCCAUUGCAGUUUAUCGCCAACGGAUUCGGGGAAAUGGCCCGUGAUUUGGUCGAUGUUGAAGAGUUCCUCUCAAUUUUACGCCAAAAACCCACUGUCCAGAAUUCUCCUGAUGCAAAACCUCUAAGAUUUGAAACUGGGAAUAUAAAAUUUACGGAUGUCAAUUUUUCGUACGAUGGAAAGAGAGGAGUACUCCGAAACAUCAACUUUCAAGCCAAAGCAGGUAGUACUACUGCAUUGGUUGGACAGACAGGUGGAGGAAAGUCAACAAUCCUUAAGUUGAUAUUUAGAUUUUACGAUCCCACCCAAGGAAAGGUGGAGAUUGAUGGUCAGAAUGUUUCUGGCGUUUCUUUAGAAACACUCCGGGAGGGUAUUGGUGUGGUCCCACAAGAUCCAACACUGUUCAAUGCUUCAAUUAUGAACAACCUACGCUACGGAAGGUUGGAUGCUACAGAUGAGGAGGUAAUGGAAGCUUGCAAGGCAGUUGCGCUUCAUGACAGAUUCAUGAGCCUGACGGAUGGAUAUGACACUUUGGUAGGCGAAAGAGGUAUGAGAUUAUCUGGUGGAGAACUCCAGCGUGUUGCCAUUGCACAGGCUAUCUUGAAAAAUCCCAGAAUUGUUCUCCUAGAUGAAGCUACGAGCAGUGUCGAUAGCGAAACAGAGGCAGUGGUUCAAGAGAGUUUAAAGAAGCUCACAGCAGGUCGAACCACGCUUGUGAUUGCACAUCGACUCUCCACCAUUGUGAACGCAGACCGGAUUGUUGUCAUAAAUAAUGGCGAGAUUGUUGAACAGGGAACCCAUACUGAGCUGCUACAGAAUCACGGAUACUACCGACGCCUGUGUUUCCGCCAGGGAUUCCUAGAAGCUAGUGAAUCUGAUAGUGGUACCCCAUUCUCAGAGACUACUUGCUCGUGCCAUCAAUACCCAUCGAACGGAGAAAGGUUAUGGAAACCCGAUGCACCUGAAUUCGUUCCAAAGGCAUAUAAAGCACCAGGAGGGAACCAGUCGCAGUUCCCACCAAGCGAGUGCAAUUCGAACAGGCUACAUCAAGAAGAUAAAGGAUUUUCGGAGGCGACUGUUGAUAUUUACGAAACAGAAACGGAUGAUAGCUUUCACAUCGAAACUGGACCUGACAAGGAAAAUCUUCAAGUAAAAUUCGCAGCAGAAUGCACCACAAAUACCAAUGGUUUUGGUCAGACUUCAAAGGACGAUGCUAGACUGAGCCACGAUGAACCUAAGGUGUUCUAUCCCACUAUGAACGAGAAUGUAAGGGGAAAUUCCCUGGGGUUUGAUGAAAGCUAUGAUGCUACGGCCGUCGAAGGACUCGAUGCUUCAAAGUGUGAUGCACAGGACAAACUUCGCAGGGGAUUAUCAAAGAGCGAACCCUCGAAUCUAGCAAGGGACAUUAGCAUUGAGGGUGAUGAGGACUCCGGCGACUGUCAAUUUGUUGACACCAAAACAACAACCACAUCAGGUCCAAAUAAGGCACUAGUCAAAAACUCAACGCGUCCUCGUCGUCGCAGAAACCGAAAAGGAAGAGAGAACUAUCAGAAAGCUAGGGUUCAGCCCUGA